GUUGCUGUGGGCGCCACGCCGGGGAGCAAGUGGCUGUGGCUGGUGUCUGGAGCGAUGCCCCUGUGCUGUGCAAAGGCAGGAAAAGGACUAGCGCGUAUUUCAAAGGCGCUUUCGGGAAAAGAACCGGCGAUAGACGAUCGCUCUGUUGGCGAGUCCCGAAUGCGCACCUCUAGGCGGCACAGCACUGCUCCUGCUCCUACAAGUCGCUGAACUGUUUCUUAUACAUGCCAUCGAAACUCCUCCGUGGAUUGUUGUUGGGUUUUUUUUUCCCCCCAAACGGGCUACCUUCCUGCCUCAAACAGCGAAUUACAUUUCGGUUCACUGUCGUCAAUUUCCCGACAUGGAUAUCAGCUGUGCAGUACAAAAAAGAUGGAGGGCAUUAACUUCAAAGGGGGAGGGUGUUGGUGCCAGAAGAAAAGAAUGAUUGAUGGGAAACAGACACCAGGCUGUAGACACUCAUCCUUUUGCUUCAGAUACUGAUUUCUCAGUACGUCUGGAUAUCCCUUGUGAGCUGUGAACACAGAGGAUCACCUGGGGUUAUCAACGGUACAAGUGAAGUUCUGGAACUUUGCUAAAUUAUCUGCUCUCGGACAUCUUUUACAAAACGCUCUGAUAGACACAUAAUAAGACAAAGGACAAGCUUCAGAUUUAUGUGAAAAGCUGUUGUUUGAAUAUGUUAUGCUUCCACCAAAGUCUUCAACUUAGUAAAGCAAGUACCAUAUUCUAAUGCUUCACAUUCAGUUGUGGAACCUGUUUUACAAGAUACAUAUCUAAAUAUACGUGUACAUAUAUUUAUAAUCUAUAGACUGUCCUUAUAUCAAUACUGGUUAUACUUAUCAAGGCAGUUUCCAAGGAUUUAGAGAUGUAUUUGUCAAGAUUCCUGUCACUUCAUGCCCUUUGGGUUACUGUAUCCUCAGUGAUGCAGCACUAUCCAUCAGUAUGGGGACAUUAUGACGUAUGUAAGACUCAGAUUUACACGGAAGAAGGCAAAGUUUGGGAUUACAUGGCUUGUCAGCCAGAAGCCAAAGACAUGAUCAAAUAUGUGAAAGUGACCCUGGAUCCCCCUGAUAUAACUUGUGGAGAUCCCCCAGAGUCCUUCUGUGCAAUGGGGAAUCCCUACAUGUGCAAUAAUGAAUGUGAUGCAAGUACCAAUGAACUGGCACAUCCCCCUGACUUGAUGUUUGAUCUUGAAGGAAGACAUCCCUCUACCUUUUGGCAGUCUACAACUUGGAAAGAUUACCCCAAACCUCUCCAGGUUAACAUCACCCUCUCCUGGAACAAAACCAUUGAACUAACUGAUAACAUAGUUAUCACCUUUGAAUCUGGCCGUCCAGACCAAAUGAUCUUGGAGAAAUCACUUGACUAUGGGCGAACAUGGCAACCAUACCAGUAUUAUGCCACAGACUGCUUAGAUGCUUUCCAUAUGGAUCCAAAAUCAGUAAAAGAUUUAUCACAGCACACAGUCCUAGAAAUCAUUUGCACAGAAGAAUACUCCACUGGGUACAUGACAAAUAGUAAAAUCAUCCACUUUGAGAUUAAAGAUCGAUUUGCAUUUUUUGCUGGACCUCGGCUUCAUAAUAUGGCUUCCCUGUAUGGCCAGCUUGACACAACCAAGAAGCUGAGAGAUUUCUUUACCAUUACAGACCUGAGGAUAAGAUUGCUCAGACCAGCAACUGGGGAAAUAUAUGUAGAUGAGCAACACUUGGCCCGCUACUUUUAUGCAAUCUCAGACAUAAGGGUGUAUGGAAGGUGCAAGUGUAACCUUCAUGCCACUGGCUGUAAAGAAGAAAACAAAAAAUUGUUUUGUGAAUGUGAGCACAAUACUACAGGCCCAGACUGCGGGAAGUGCAAGAAGAAUUAUCAGGGUCGACCUUGGAGUCCUGGCUCAUAUCUGCCUAUUCCUAAGGGCACAGCAAAUAUCUGUAUUCCCAGUAUUUCCAGUAUUGGUAAUCCACCAAAGUUUGAUAGGAUAUGGCCGAAUAUUUCUUCCCUUGAGGUUUCUAAACCAAAUCAAGACUGUGAAUGCUUCGGCCACUCCAACCGGUGCAGUUACAUCGAGCUGCUAAAUACAGUCAUUUGCGUGAGCUGUAAACACAACACUAGAGGGCAGCACUGUGAAUUAUGCAGGCUGGGCUACUUCAGAAAUGCUUCUGCAGAGCUGGACGAUGAAAAUGUAUGCAUAGACUGUAAUUGUAACCCUUUUGGCUCUGUCCGUGAUCGCUGUAAUGGCACAGGAUUCUGUGAGUGUAAGGAGGGAACAUCAGGGACUAAAUGUGAUAAGUGUCUGCUGGGAUAUAUCUGGCACAGCUUAGGCUGUCAACCAAAUGUAUGUGACAAAGAAUUACUGCAAUGCCAGAACGGAGGAACAUGCCUCAAAAACAUGCGAUGCCAGUGCCCUCCAGCCUACACUGGCAUUUUGUGUGAGAAGUUGAAGUGUGAAAGGGAUCCAGGAGGUUGCAGCCAAAACUCCGGCCAGAGGGCAGUGACACACGGCCCUCUAUUACCGCUGACUGCUCUACUAGGUGUAACUGGACUUUUCAUAUUCUAGGUUCCGUCUGGUUGAUGGCAUUGUGUUCAGACUGCUUCAGGAGGAACAUGCCACAAAAAAGCAAAACAAAACCCAAGCAUUUGCUACUAAAAUUUAAAAAAAAAGAAAAAGAAUAAAACCACGUAUACACUAAGAAGGCCCAACUGAACUAAGCCAUAUUAAUUGUGGACAGCACUCUGAGUCAAAAGACUGUUCAUAUCUGACUCAAGACAAGUUGGCGCUGCCAAUCUAUUACUACAAAUAACAAUGCCAGCUGCAAAGUAUACACAGGAUUGAAAAACCUUUGACAGCUCCCAAAAUGGAAAAUAAAAAACAUUUGCCACUUCAACAUGGUGCGCUACUGUACCUCUGCCCAGUGUGUGGACCAACCAAAUAGAGGCAUUCUUUGCUGUCAGUGCAUUGUGGGUAUAAGGAAAUCUGUUAAAGCUGCCAUAUUGGCUUGCUUCAGUCCCUGAUUCCCUUCCAACCUGUGCUUUAGUGAACGUUGCUCUGUAACCCUUGUUGGUUGAAAGGUUUCUUUGUCUGAUGUUAGUGAUGCACAUGUGUAACAGCCCCCUCAAUAAAUCUCAAGACAGUCAUAUCCUUGUAUAUUUUAGCAGCACUGCAUCAGAAAGAUGCUGUGUUCAUCUACUGUACAAGAGUGGCUAUAGGGAAAAAAAAGUGUAUUUAUCCUUUUGUAUUCAAAUGAAGUUAUUUUUCUUGAAAUAAUGUACAAUGUAGAUUUUUUGUAUUAUUGACAAUUUGUGUUACCAGACAAUUUAUUAAUGUAUUUAAUUCUAAUCAGGUAAGAGAAAUAUUACUUUUUAUUUAGUCUUUUUUUUCUUUGCUCCUUUCAUUUAAUUGUGCAGAGAUUUCUCUGUAUGGGCAACGUGCUGGCAUCAAAGAAUAUCAGUUUACAUAUAUAACAAGUGUAAUAAGAUUCCACCAAAGGACAUUCUAAAUGUUUUCUUGUUGCUUUAACACUGGAAGAUUAAAAAAAUAAAAUUCCUGCAUAAACAAUUUCAGGAAUUUGUAUUGCAAUUUCUUAAGACAAUUUUAAAAAUUAUUUUCCUUGCUCAUUUUACCGUGGAUUAAAUACAAAUUCAAUGUCAGAAUUUAGUUCAUAAUGAAGUCAGACUGAUGUUUUCUUCUCUAUCAAACCACUCUGAAUAAAAAUAGAUAUUUUGUUUGAGGAAAAAUUUAUAAAACACUGAAUCUGUAUUCACUCUAGUUAUUCCCAGAAUUAUUCCAAGAUUAAUUUACGAAGUAUUAAGGAACAUUUUCUUAGUAUACAACUUUUGAGGAUUGAAAGUAAUGAAGUCAAUAUAGCCGUUUCUUAAAUGUGCCUUUCAAAGCUCUAUUAAAAGGAAAUGCUUAUUUAUAUUCAAGUAUUAGACUGCCUUGGAAACUGCAACAGCAAUGGCAACCACAACACAGAAAAAAAAUUCAAUGAUAUAACUUUUAAUAAAGUCAGUUUUAGUAUUUAGAGGGAGUGUCAAAAUAUACAGACACAAGUAGAUAGAAAGUGCUGCUCCAGCAAAUAAAAGUUUGUUUUAAGUAUUGCCUGAGGUGUAAUAAAUUCCUGUUUCUGACUUUUAUUAGGCCAAUUACUGAGUGUGACAGCAAUGGAUACAGAGAAGUACAGGCAAACCAAAACCAUGGCAAUGUUUCAAAGACAAGGAAAAUCAAAAGGCAGCAGCACCGUUUAUAUUCAUUUCUUAGCAGAUUUUUCAACAUACAUAAUGUAAAUUUUUAGCAAUAUGAUAGCCUAGAAUGGAAAAAAAACAGCACAGGCAAAAUCCUAAGGGUAAUAGAUUCUAUUUAGCUACCUACUCCCCUCUGGUGACAAGGCAGUGAAUU